AUGGAUCUUGAAUGCACCAAAGAAUCUCCAGCUUAUUAUACAAUUUGUCUACAUAUUUUAGCUGCAAUUUCAUUUCCAAUUAAUUGUUUCGGGUGUUAUUUGGUUAUUUUCAGAACUCCGCAUAAUUCCAAAUAUAAAUAUAGACAACUUUAUUUACAGGUGAGAUUUCAUUAGGAAAACUUUUUAAUUAUUCUUAAAAUUGACAUUAUAAUUUAUUAUUUUUAUUAUUAUUGACUUCCUGAAUAAUUUUCAGAUAACUUCCUUCAUUGUAGAAAAUUAUAUGACAUGGAUUGCUGCGGGAUAUUAUUUUUUCCCAAUGACCGGAGGAUUCACAACUUCAUCUAUCUCGGAUAAAUUUAUGAGAACACAUAUGUGUGUUGUAUUUUACUUUUUUACUUUUUCGUAUGAGAUGCCUGCAUUAUUUUGCUGCUUUCAAUAUCGAGCUGAUGCGGCAGCUGAAUUGAAUACAGUAAGUAACAAAUGACAAUUGUCUAAUAUCAAAGCAAAUUUAGAAAUACCGUAUUCCUACAUAUAUAACUUUCCCAUUGUUUAUAUUAGCUCAUAGUUUCCCAGUUACUCUUGGAUGUCUGAUGUAUAUUUCGGAACCUUCGAGAGAUGAACAAUACAAAACAUUAGUCACUAAUUUUCCAAAAUGUCUUCAUAUGUUAGAUCAUCCUCGAUUUAUAGUUUAUGACUGGCGGUCUAACUUUUGGUUAAUUGUUGCCGGAACUACAGCUAUCAUUUGGAUGGUAUCUUUCACACUGUGAGUGUUCUUUCAACAAUUUUCGUAAUAAAUUAGACGGAAGUUGAAUGAUCUCACUUGACUCUAAUUUUUUGUCAGAAUAACUGAUUCUAUGUGUAGUUUUCGAAAAAUUUGCAAAAAAAAGUAUACAGGUGGAUUUGAUGAGAAUCAGUUGAAGACAUACUAAUCUAAACCAGAUAUAAGAACGUUUUUAACUUAAAUUCAUAUUUUCCAGAUACCACGGUUUCUUGGCCCUUUAUACCAUGUCAAUUCUACAAUCUAUGCGUAAACAUAUGUCGAACGCAACUUUCAAAAUUCAUAAAGCGGCACUUCUGACAAUAACACUACAAUGUAUUAUUCCAAUGGGUGCAAUUGUUGUUCCAGUAUUCUUUAUAUUUAUAGUUGUUCUCAAAGAACUCACCCAACUUCAAGAAAUUGCUACGGAUGGAAUGUUUCUAAUAGCUAUUCAUUCAUUGGUUUCUACAAUCGUUAUGAUAUUUUGUAAUUCAAAAUAUUCGGAGAUUGUGCGUGGAUUUAUUGGGCUGGCUCUACAUCAAGGAUCAAACGCUACUAUAGAGGUUAUAUCAACAACACAUGUUUCAAAUACAGUGCUUACAUCUAGAAAAAUCUCAACUCGUAAUCGAAUUUGA